UUAUUAAUUAAAUAAUGUUGGUUUUCUUUUGCAGAAGUUUGAAUAUGUGACACAUAUGAAUUUCUCGCGGUGUGAAUUUAUAACAGAAGUACCUGAUAUGUCUCAUUUUCAAAACUUAAAAACAUUAAGCUUUCGCGAAUGUCGCAAUUUGAUCAAAGUUCAUGAUUCAGUGGGAUUUCUUUGCAAGCUAAUCAAAUUAGACGUUGGUAAAUGUACCCAACUUAAAAGCUUUCCAAGUGAAAUCAACAUGCCAUCUCUUGAGAUGCUCGUUCUUACUGAUUGCAAGAGUCUUGACUACUUCCCAAAUAUAGUUGGAAAUACGGAUGCACUUGGAAGUAUUUUUGCAGAUGGUAGCGCUAUGAAAGAGCUUCCAAAUAGCUUAUUCACGCUACAAAAUCUUAGCUUACUUAUGCUGGGAGGCCUUCGAUCUCAUGGUAGAAAAUCUUUGAAGAAACUACUGCAAGAGAGCCAACCAUUUGUCAGUUGCACUAACCUAGAGUGCUUGGAUCUCGGAAACUGCGGCCUAUUGGAUGAAGAUGUUUACCAUACUCUGAAAUGUUUUCAGAAUCUGCAAGACUUGGAUCUAUCAGGAAAUCAUUUUGCAUCACUUCCUGAGUGCAUUAAAGAGUGCGAUGAUCUAAUGAUGCUUGAAAUAAAUAAUUGUAAGAGACUAAGAGACAUACCAGAGUUGCCAUCGGGGUUGCGCCACAUAAAGGCAGAGAAUUGCACAGCAUUAACAACCGAGUCAAUAAGCCGUUUAUGGUUUCAGGCAAAAACCUUCUUUACUAUGCCAGCAACAACAUUUCCUGAUUGGUUCGACUAUUGCUGUGAAGGAGACACAUUGUCUCUUGGUGUUCGUGGGAAAAAUUUCCCUGCUCUUGUCAUUGCAAUUGAAUCGGGCAAAGCUAAGGCAAAAAGGAGUCGUCUCACCUUCCAAGUUUUUAUCAGAAUUAAUGACCGUAAAAUGUCAUGGACAAAUCACGAUGUUCCUUAUGCUCUUGGUCAAAGUAGAGAAUGUGAUGCGUUGGUUUUCUUUGGUAAGCAAGGUCAAGUGAUUUCAUUUGAUUUACUCCAGAAUUAUUUUGAUGAAGAAGAGUUGGAGGAGCUUAGUAAGUUUCUAGAAUUGGGUUGGAAUUAUGUGGAUAUACAAGUGAUGUGUGACUCGCCAAAUAUCUCCAUAAUUAAGAGUGGAGUUUAUGUUGAUAAGCAGCAAACAAGCAUGGAGAAUAUUCGUUUUGUGUCUCCCAGGGCUUUCAUGAAUAAUGCUUCAAGAACUUCACUGAAACGAAAAGUCAUAAGUUCCCCUCUUAAUGAACCAGCGAAGAAGCUCUUGAGACAUUUUAAGGCUACAGAUAAAGGAAAACUCGAUAACACCAAGAAAGGGACCAAGUGA